AUGUCAACAGCUACACAUCAAACUCAAUCAUCAAAUAUAAAUCGAUAUCCUGAACUAAAACUAUCGUGGUCUGGUGAUUAUGAAUCGCUGAAAUUGUUUGUUGAUAGCGAACUAAAUUUCGAAGGAACUUGGUCAUCGAUCGGUGGGGAGAAAAAGUUGUUUAAAAGCAAAAACGUUGAUAUCCAUUGGUGGGCUAAAAAGAAGUUUCUUAGGAUAGAGGGAAAACAGGCAAGUGAAGUUAAACGUUCAAUUCUGAUGUUGAUUUUGCAUGACAUUGGUUCUGACGACCAUAAUAUUCGCUCGUCUCAUAACAUGUGUAAAUGCCCUGAAGUCAGUUCUGAUAUCGAAGGCGUUAAAUUGGAUGUCAUUAUCUUGGAAUCAACAGUGAAACAACAGGCAAAUACGCUUGUUAGUUUGCAGGAAACCUUGGCGAAAUUAGAAGCAUCAACAACCGAUGCAAAAUCUAUACCGUUGGAUCAACUAAGUAAAUCUCCCUCCCAAUAA